AGUUCCAGCAAGAAAUUCCUGGGAUCUGGUUGUGUGGUUUCGUCUUGUUCAUCAUGCCUGCGCCCUUCACCCUCUUCACGGCGGCCGCCAGCAGCCUUUUCGCUGUUGCAUAUGCCCAAAACUCUUCUAUUACACCGUCAGCAUCCGGUGCGCCUACUUCGACAUAUUCGCAAAAAGACGUUCCCACGGGUGUGCCGAUUGCUGGCAAAUAUAACCAACCACUCCGUCCACAAGUCCACUUUUCUCCUCCGCAGGCAUUCCUUAAUGAUCCCAAUGGCAUGUUCCUCGAUGCAGAGGGCGUGUAUCAUCUUUACUAUCAGUAUAAUCCUAUCGCCAACAUCGCUGGCACGCAGCAUUGGUCGCACGCCACGACAAAAGAUCUGUACACUUGGACGAACCAACCUAUUGCCAUAUUUCCUGGAGGACCGACUGAAGGAAUCUUCAGCGGUUCUAUUGUCAUCGAUACCAAUAACACAUCUGGCUUUUUUCCGGGCCAGGAUAAUGGCGUAGUGGCAAUUUACACUGUCAAUACACCAGAGCAACAGACACAAGAUAUUGCGUACUCUCACGACAACGGAAUAUCAUUCAUCAAAUACGCCAACAACCCCAUUAUUAAACCGGGGGGAACUCACAGCAACCAAUUUCGCGACCCCAAGGUUAUCUGGUAUGCUCCCACUGAAUCGUGGGUCAUGGUCGUCGCAUAUCCCAUCGACUUCAAAAUUGGCAUUUUCACUAGUCCCAACCUCAAGGACUGGACACCAACCAGCAAUUUCUCCAACCAUGGACUUACUGGCCUGCAAUACGAGUGCCCAAACAUGGUCGAGAUCCCGGUAGAAGGAGCUAAGGAAGGCGAUGAGCCAAAAUACCUUAUGCUCAUCUCCAUCAACCCUGGUGCGCCCCUUGGUGGAUCGAUCGCGGAGUACUUUGUCGGCACAUUCAACGGCACACAUUUCGAGGCUGAGGACUCUAAGACCCGACUCACCGACUUUGCCAAGGACAACUACGCUGGCCAGUUCUUCUACGGCAUCCCAAGUGAUAAGCAUCAAAUCACCAUUGACUGGGCGAGUAACUGGCAGUACACGAACGAGGUUCCUACAGCUGGCAAGGAGGUGGGAGACGGUUUCCGAGGCGUCAUGACCGUACCUCGGGGCCACUACUUGAAGAGGCUGCCGCGACAGGGCCUGGCGCUGAUAUCCUACCCAGUGAACAUCAAGUCCAUCGCAGAGAAGGAGCUUGCAUACGAAAAGUCACUCGGAGACGGCACUGUCUUCGUCGACUACUCUUCUGUCAAAUCAGGAGCAAUCUACUUUGAGGCCAACGUCACUGGACUCACAACUGGCGACUCACUUGAUGGCACUAUCAGCUUUACAUUCUCAUCUUCAAAGUCAGGAGAGUCAGUCACAGGUGGUACAUCACUUUCCUCGGGUGAUAUUUGGCUAGACCGAAGUCGUACUGAAGGGUACCAAAGCCCAUUCUUCAACGACAAGUUCUCUGCCACAGGACUUUACAACGAAGCCGACGGAUCGUGGAAGAUAUCAGCGAUCAUGGACCGCAGUAUUAUUGAGCUAUUCUUGAACGGUGGCGAACUCAGCGCAACUAGCUUGUGCUAUCCCACAACACCGCUAGACACGCUCAUGGUACGAGUUAGUGGGUUGAACCAGACAGCUACUGCAAGUGUGGGUGUCUGGGCGCUGAAGGCUGCUUGGCUCGACCAGGCGGAUGUUAACGGCACCGUCUCUGGAAACACGACUCAUGGAGGUGUUCAGAGCCGUAUGCUGGGUACGGCGAAGUUGCUCUAGGUGUUACAAACAACCAGAGAGCGGUAUAUAUGUAGCGUACGACUAUUUAUAAUUUAAAGUACUUAUGUGACACGUCACGC